UUGCGCGCCGUCUCACAACAACGACUCCGCCCUCCACGCCCAGCACACCAACCAACCCACCCUUCACAUCACCCAUCCCCAUCCAACCGCGCCCGACCGACAACUCAUUUGUGUCACCGUUGCCCCGAAACAGUCAUGAUCCUGCCCUCUGUCGCUGUUCUGGCCGUACUUCUAUCGCCGUUAGCCGUUUUUGGCCAGGAUGAUGCUACCACGUCGGCCGGCGCGGUUGCACAGCCUGUGUGCGGUGUGAAUCAGCUGUUCAACGGACAAAUUUGUACCUGUGCACCUGGAUAUUUUUCAUCAGCUAACGAUGAAUCAAAGUCAAGAUGUGAAGAUGAGUGCGAAGAGGUGUACUAUUCUUUCUUCACGUACGGCAAAUGCGUUGGUGACAUCUUCGGUAGACUUCCCAGGGAUCAACAACCAGCAUGUAAUCCUUCGUUGUGGAGUAAG